GGCCAUCAUGGAUUAUUUCCCUUCCCAAGUUUCUUGCUUUUCAACAAACCCCAAUCAAUAGAAAACGUGCGCAUUAUCUGAGCUAUGUCCCGUUUUCCAGGCUGUCAGACAGAUCUAAUAUGCUUUAGAAAAUAGAAUUGGAAAAUCUGACAGAAACAUUGCUUGUGACAAUAUCGAAAUAUCUCAUUUCAAAAUCUCCCAUAUACUGCUUCACAACAUGGACACAUCCUGGUUGCCAAGUGCAAAGAAGUUAAAUUUUCGUUCAUAUUUAUCCUCUUUCAUUACAUUUUCUACAAUAUGGAAAUGGGAUUUGGCAAAAACUAAACUUUCUUCUUCAUCAUGAUUUGCAGAGAGAAUCAAGAGCCUCGGGCAUAAAUGUAUUAGUGAUGUUGAUAAAAAUUAUUUGAUGGCAUUUUAAAUUAAAUCACGUAUCAAAUAUUGAUUUCAAGAAUACUAUGGUUGUCUACUGGAAGAUUUUGUGGAGGUUUUCCAACUAAUCCUGAUAAUGUAUACUAUACCAUCUAUGUAUUCAGUUGGUAAACAAUAUAUUUUUGAUAUUACUGGGAAAGCUUUCACACAAGAAGAUUUGGUGAGAUCUGAGGAUUAUUUUGACAACAAUAGUGAAAAACAGUUCAGCUAUACAAGCCAGCCAACAUUUCCUACACAACCCAAUAUGAAUCCUCUUGAACAGCCCACUUCAACAGCAAGUUCGACAAGUGAAAACUAUGUACCUUAUCGAAAACCUUUUCCUCAACAAACUGUUUCUUCUCAAGGUACUGGUGAAACGUCAAGAAAUUCAGAAGCUACAGAAGCUGAAACUGAAAACACAAACUAUUCUGGUGAUUGUUGCAGUGAACAACAAAGAGCUCGUAACUGCUCAACCAGUUGCUACAGCACUCCAAAAGCCCACAAGUGUGCUCACUGUUCAAAGACUUUCGCUCGGAGAACUUAUUUAAAAAGUCAUGAGCGAGUCCAUUCUGGUGAGAAACCUUUCAAUUGUAUGUAUUGUCGUAAAGCCUUUUCGCAGCGAACAAACGUUCGUAGUCAUGAGCGAACACACACAGGUGAAAAACCUUAUAUGUGUUUAAUUUGCCGUCGAUCUUUUUGUCAGCAGAAUGAGCUGCGGUCACACGAGCGUGUACAUACAGGUGUUAGACCAUAUCAGUGUCAUUUUUGUCCCAAAGCUUUCACUCAGCUUACCAAUCUGCGGAAUCAUAUAAGAAUACACACAGGCGAAAAACCAUUUGUAUGUAUUGUGUGCGCUCGCUCAUUUACUCAACAUAACGAACUUCGAAGUCACGAACGAGUUCAUACUGGAGAAAAACCAUUUAGUUGUUCCAUGUGUUCUAAAGCUUUUUCACAAAGAACUAAUUUACGAAAUCACGAAAGAGUUCACUCUGGAGAAAAACCAUUCCAGUGUAUUUACUGUUCGAAAUCCUUCUCCCAGAGAGGUACGUUAAAAAAUCACGAACAUACUCAUACAACAGAUAAAAAUCAAGUAAAAACGUCUCAGAAAUCUGCAUCGUUGUCUUCAUCUAAUUCAUUAAGCCAUCAUUCCAAAAGUCAAAGUCAUGAGCAAAAAUCUAGACAGCUGGGACAACAAGAACUUAUUCAGCCUGCUUCCUCAGCUGAACCAUGCCAAAAAGAACCAUCAACUUCAGCAUUCCAUCAUAAACCACAAUCAUCAUCUGUCAUUUCAAAAUGGGUUAAUUCGACAUCAUCACAUUCAAAGUCUCAAAGCAAUUCAUCUGUUUCUCGUAUAUCUCAUGCAAACACACACGGACGUGUUUCUCUUGGAGAUGACAGCAGCCGCAAAGAAAUACAAUCAUCCUCAUCUAUUAGAUUUCAGCAGGUACCAACUAUUCCACCAGUAAUAAUGGCACCUUCCUUUUUGCACCAGAUGACCCAGGGCUGGGAAAAUACCUACAAUUGGCCCCGUGGAUUUCCUAUGGCUGCUGCUUGGAAUACAUCAGGGAAAAAUAUUUCAUCUGUAUAUUCUCAUGAAGGAAAGUUGAAAAAACAAAAGUCCUCUUCUGGAGAUAUAAAUAAAGGCAAGAAUAUGAACUCUUAUGAUGUGAGGAAAGAAAUUCAAUCAAGCUCCAAGUAGCUAUGAGGCUGCAUUUAUAUAUUUUGUAAGCUGUUAAUCCUUAUCUCAUAAAUAUAUUAAUAGUAGAGAAGGCUGUAUCUUUAUUAAUCUUAGACACUUGGACA